AGACAUUACCAACAGUGGUGUGUGUGUGUGUGUGUGUGUGCGUGCGCGUGCGUGUGUGGAUUCAGUGAAAAUUACCCGAGGACGGACCGCCUUUGACCGUACCAAUGUGUCUCGUCUGUAGAUACAGUACCUUUAUACUGGCUAAUUUAUUUCAUGGACGCAACAGAAUAUCAAAAAAGAUGGAAUAAGUGAAGGAGACGUACGGGAGAUUGGUCCGCAGCUAGCGUUUUGUUGAAUUGCGAGUGGGAUCACACAGCUGCUGGCUACGAAAAUGUCGGGGAAAAUAGAGAGCAAGCAAGACUCGCAGAGGUCCCACUUGUCCUCUUUCACUAUGAAGGUGAUGAACAAAUUCCACUCUCCCAAAAUCAAGAGGACCCCAUCCAAGAAAGGCAAACAGCCGCAGCCUGAACCAGUGGCCAAGAGUACAGAGAAACCACCCAACAAGAAGGUGAGCCGCCUGGAGGAGCAUGAGAAGGAGGUUGUGAGUGCACUGCGUUACUUUAAGACCAUUGUGGACAAAAUGGUUGUUGAGAAGAAAGUACUAGAGAUGCUUCCAGGUUCGGCCAGCAAAGUACUAGAAGCCAUCUUGCCUCUAGUUCAAGUGGAGGCCCGGAUACAGCAUAGUACUGCACUUUCUUCCUGUCACAACCGAGUCUACCAGAGUCUGGCAAAUCUUAUAAGAUGGGCCGACCAAGUAAUGCUCGAUGGCAUAGACCUGGAAGACAAGGAAAAUGUGGCUGCAGUCACCAGUGUUAUCAAAGCUGUUUUGGAUGGUGUUAAGGAAUUGGUGAAGCUUACCAUAGAGAAACAGGAACAGCCAUCACCUACCACUCCCAACAAACCUGUACCACCUGCUUCCACAGCAGAGAAUAGUGAGACACCCUCACUGGAGCAAGAGCAGGAGCUGUCCCCAAAACCAACUCCUGCAUCUCCUCUGGCAGAGGCUUCCACUGAUGGACCAGAUGAGGAUGUGGCCCCCCCAAAACCACCUCUUCCUGAAGCCAAGAUGGCAGAGCUCAGAGCACAGUUGAGUGCUGAUGCUGGCCAAAGAAGACCUUGCCAAAAGGAGAAUCCUCCCCCAGCCUUGCCACCUAAAAAACGGCAGUCGGCUCCAUCACCGACGCGGGUUGCAGUGGUAGCUCCCAUGAGCCGUGGGUCCAGUUUACCCUGCAGUGUUCAUAGACAGCAGCAGGACUAUGAACAGGAGUUUCUUCAGAGGCGAUUCUCAGGAGGAAGCCAAUCAUAUGGUGGGGACUCCCCUCGCCUGUCUCCAUGCAGCAGUAUGGGGAAACUUAGCAAAUCUGAUGAGCAGCUUUCCUCUAUGGAGCAGGACAGUGGACAGUGCUCUCGUAACACUAGCUGUGAAACUCUUGACAACGCAGAAAACUAUGACCCAGAUUAUGACUUCCUCCAUCAGGACUUGUCUAAUGGAGAAAACCUGCCCCCUAUCCCUGUGGGGGGGUGUCUCAGCCCCCUUCCAGAAUCUCACAGUGAGUCUUCUUCCCCAGUGCCUGGACAGUACCCUUCACAUCCUCGCUUCAGUGCCCCUCCGCCACAGCAUCCACCGGAAUACUGGACCCCGCAACCAAACCAGACCAACCCUUUACAUUCAUCCCGUGUUAGUGCACCUCCUGCAUUGCCCCAAAAGAAGAGACGAAGCACUCAGACUUCAGAUGGGUCUAGGGUGCUGUACGAGCGUUACCCAUCUCAGUAUGACAACUUGUCAGAAGAGGAGCUGCAUCCAACACCACCCUUCCCACUUUUUACACCCAUUUCACCAAUGCCACAGUCAAAUGGAGGCGUUUUUGUUGCUCAAUACAUGGCCAGUGAGAAUGCGGAUGUGCCCUCCAGCCCACCACCACUGCCUGAGAAGAAAAGUCGAAACAUUCUCCAGUACAUGCAGUUUGUGGAAGACUACUCUGAGCCACAGCCCUCUGUAUUCUACCAAAUGCCACAAAGCGAGAGCAUCUAUGAACAGCGUAAUAAGCGCUUUCAAGAAGUCUAUGGCUUUAAUGACUCCUUUAGCAGCACAGAUUCUGUCCAUGAGCCAGUACAACCUCCAGCACUACCCCCAAAGCAAAGGCAACUGGUAAGAAAUAUUGAAUUUCUAAGAAGUCUUUCCCAAAGAUUAAUGUAAAUAGUUUUUUAUGUUUUGUUUUAAACAAUGAGAAACACUGUCCACUGUAUAAUUUAUUUUCAAUCUUCUUCAGUUUAAAUGAAAUCUAAGACUAUGUCCUUUUAUUUUAACUCUUCCUUACAUCUUUAUAAACUACUACUACUGCAUCACCCUUUACUUAUACUUGUACUAUACAGCUCUUUUAAAAAUAAGGGUAACUUUUAUAAGCUUCAUAAUAGACCACAGACUGUAUAUGUAAAUAGCCAUGACUAACUCACUAACUACCUCGAUCCCAUUGAGCAUGGAGGGCACUUCUGACUCCAUUUACUCUGGCUCAAAUUGACUUUACAUUGAAAAAUUGUAACUACUCUCUCUGUAACUGCUGCAGUGAGCCUCAUCAUUUUAAAAUGUUCAUUUUAACCAUCUCUACAUAAUCCUGGUGUUUUUAUUUCACUAUUUUGUCCAUAAAUAAAUUCCUAUUCCUAAUAUGGGUCUCAGCUUUAAAUUUGCCACUAUAACUACUAGCAUGGUGAGCAUCAUUUGACUGGAGCCAAACGCUCUGGUUGACUUUACACUCCCUUAGGCCACUUCUUUAUACAGUCUAUGCAAUAGACCCAGUUUGUAGCACUUGUCUCUAAUGAGUGACACUAGGGGAUGACUAAUCCAAGAGGAGCCUGAUCAGUGGCUGUAAUGCAUUUUAAAUGCAUCUCAUCAGAUUUUUUGUGGUGUUGGCUAACAGAACUAAGGCCGGGACAAACUUGUGUUCACAGGAGCAAAGCCUAAUCUUGGCACUUCUUGUGGAUUUUAUGAAACUAUGAUCUAGUUAAAGACCAUCUUUACAAAACCAGCCUCAUAUGCUCUCCAGAGUUUAUGUGGAUUAAAAAACCUACAGAGAGAAAUGCGUUGUGCCCCCAUUCACAACAUGCUAUACUUUGUAGUUGACCUGAUUUUUUUACCCCUCAUAAUUAGUUUAUGAUUUGUACUUUUUCAUACAUUGUCCUCUGGUAAACAGCUCUAAUUUAUUCUUUAUAACCACCUUUCACUUCUACUCACGUAAUUAUUAACACUUUCUCCUCUACGUGUCUUUUUUUUCUUCCUGGGCCUUGGUUUCUUCUCAGGCCUCUCACUCCUCUUCCCCUUCUUCCUCCUCUUCCUCCUCUUUGUCUUGCCACCUCCAGCCGUCUGUAGCGGCCAUGGAGGACUCAGGCUCAGGGCUGGGCCUCAGCAUGUCUGUCUCUAACUCUUACCUGAUUGGCCAGACAUCUCUGACCACGCCCACGGUGAGUCUCUCGCCUCAGCCCCAUCUCCUCAUAGUCCUAGCAUGGCCUGGGUGCUGUGUGGUCUGCACCAGUCAAGGGUCACCUUCAUCUUAGUGAUCCCCAUAAAAUGGCUGGUAGUGUUCACCUGUCCCUAAUGGGCUGGAGAUGUGGCUGCUGUGUGUGGUCCUGUUUUGUUUACUCACCCAUUUGUGUGUGCUUUAGUUGUGUUGAUUAAUAUGAUUUGUCUUAAGUUUAAGUUGUAGUGUCUUUGUACUUGUUUUGUUUGGUGUGAUUUUUGGUAAAUCUGUCUUUUUUGGGUAGUUUUUGUAGGAAAUAAGAAGCAAUUAAAAUGAAAAAUAAAUAUGCAUUAGAUAUUCAGCAAUCAGUUGAUUGUUUAUGUGGUUAAUUUGGUUUUGCAGUGAACUUUGCUGUUGAUGGUGAUGUAGGAUUGCAGUGGUUGACCCAGUGUAGGAGGCAGGGAGGAUGUCCCUCAGGAGAUCUGUGUUGGAAUGCAGCUCCAGAUGGACCUGAUGGAAAACACAUUUCUCUGUAUGCUCCAUCAUCUCAUCAUCUGACAGUCACAACAUUAGAUGGUGGAUUUGGAAAAAUACUUUCACCAAUUCAAGUUUCCAUUUCAUCUGUUGUUUAUGUUAGUUUGAAUAUUACAUAUUUCCCAUAGACAAGUUGCAUUCAAAACAGUACACUUCUUAUUUAUUUAAGCACGUAUUUAGGUUGCGUUUUUAUACAGCCCUUAAAUAUUAAAUAUUUGCUCUUUAAUCUGUCCAACAUCUACAAAAAGGUUUACAAAUGGCAGUUGUCUUACUGUGGUUUACUUUUUGGUUUAUAGAUUGGACCAGCUCACACCUAUAUAUCAUCAAACAAAACAUAGCUUUUGUUCUCACCAGGUUGUGAGCUCUAAACCUCUCGUCUCAGUGCCCCUACAUGUUUCUGUCUCAUGCCUGUCCUUUUUCUUUGGAAUGUUUGCAUUCCUCAAUUCCUUAGGGCAUGAGGUUUUGAGGAUGUCAUAGAAGAGGAAAGGGUGCUGGGAAAGCUGCUUUGCAUAGAGUGGAGUGGGAAAGGCCGAAAUAAAUGUUCUCGUUGUCAUUUGAUUUUAAGAAUUAAUUUCCCAUUCUCAUGAACAUUUAUUCAGGGAUUUUCUGUGU